AUGAACAAGAAGCUAAUCGGAGGAUUUUCCUCCAUGAAUAGGCAUUCCAUCCAUCGCGCGGCCGCCCGCACUCUGACCAGCUCGGUCUCCGCUGCCACUGUAGCACCCAAGUCGCAGACCAUCUCGUCCGCUCUGCGUGCCCUCAACGCCACCACAGUCUCUGCCAGAUACUUCUCCUUCGCCGCCCCCAAGGCCUUCUCCCGUUCCGUUGCGUCUCACUACGAACGUCAAGAGCGUGGGCGUGGGGCUUACAAAAAGCCGUUCGAAAAGAGAACUCCGCGCGUGGACCCCAGCGAGCACGUUGUCUUCGUCCAGAACUACUCGUUCGACGUCAAGCCCGACGAUUUGACCGAAGCGUUCUCCAAGUAUGGCGAGGUUGUUGGCGUGUCAAUGCCGCCCAAGAAGACUUACUGCUUCGUCUACUUCAAGGACCUUGAGUCGUCUGUCGCCGCCGUUGAGAACGUCAACGGCACCUUCUGGCACGGUCGCCGCAUCGUGGCCAAGCUACGCAGCGACCGUCCCGAACGCCCCGAAGCUGACGACCGCUCCCGGCCCGAGCGACGAGGCAAGGAGAGAACGCCACGCAACGCCCCGUACGCGGGCCCGCCGACCCAGACGCUUUAUGUCGGCAACAUCUCAUUCGAGGCUUCGGACGCGGACCUGAACAAUCUCUUUGCGACGCUCAAGGAUGUCAAGGACGUGCGUGUCGCCGUGGACCGCGCGACGGGCUGGCCGCGCGGUUUCGCCCAUGCCGACUUUGCCAGCGUCGAGGCUGCCCAGGCGGGCAAGGAGGCGCUCGCCGGUGUCCAGCUUGGCGGCCGCGAGCUCAAGAUCUCGUACGCGCCGGUCAAAGACCAGCAAUUCAUGAGCGAUGGUGGCAACAGCUCAGGCGACCGCUACAACUCGCAAACUCAGGUUGAGGAGCGCAUCGAGGCGGAGCAUGAGCAGGCCGAGGAGGCACAGAAGGACCAGAAGCCCGAGGCUGGCAAGCAGGACAUCAACUGGAACGCUUGA